GGAUUGGAGAAGGUCAAUCAACUACACGACCACCUCUUUUUGAUGGAACCAAUUAUACAUAUUGGAAAGAACGAAUGAGAAUCUAUAUUCGUUCCACGAACUUCCAAUUAUGGUUGGUUAUCAAAAACGGGGAAGAGGUGCCGAUGAAGAAAGUCGGAGACAAGUUGAUCCCCAAGACCGAAGACGAGUUUGAUGCCGAGGACAUCAAAAAGGUCGAGAAUUACGCAAAGGCAAUAAAUAUGCUUUAUUGUGCCGUAAAUCCUGAUGACUACCGCAAGAUCUCCUGCUGCUCAACCGCCAAGGAGAUGUGGGAUAAACUUGAGGUGACGUACGAAGGAACAGACCAAGUAUGUGAAGCCAAGAUUGACUUCCUCACCCAAGAAUAUGAGAUGUUCAGGAUGAAGGAGCAUGAGAAGAUUGACGACAUGUUCGACCGAUUUUCCAAGAUAGUCAACGAUCUUCAUGCAUUGAAGAAGACUUACACCGACAGGGAUCUUGUACGAAAGAUCCUACGGAGCUUGACAUCUGAAUGGCGAUCUAAGGCCGAUGCCAUCUAUGAGUCAAUCGGCACAUCAAAUGCCACCAUCGACGGUUUAAGAGGUAACCUUAAAACUUAUGAAUCUACAAUUCUAACCCCGUCUUUGGAUGAACAAAAGAAUAAAGGGAUAGCGCUCAAAGCAACCAAGGAAAUGGUUGAAGAGGAAUCAAGUGAUGAAGACAACGAGUUUGACCUCAUCAUCAAGAAAUUCCACAAAUUUAUGAAGAAAGAGCACGAGCGCAAAGGAAAGAAGC